GUGUUUUCUCGUUUAUAAUUAAAUCUGCAUCACUCAUGUUUACCUGUAAUUACCUGUACUCUUACCUGCCCCGAGAUGUCAUUAGUGGAAGGGAAUUAGUGGGUUAAUAUAAAUGUCCGUGGUGUGUUAUCUCGUAUAUAAUUAAAUUACCUGUGUUUACCUGUCUCGCUCCUCCCUUACCUGCCCCAUUACCUGAGUAGAGAGUAUUAAUUAGGGGAAAGGCUUCGACGUGUUCCUGGUGAUAGUGAAAGUGUUGGUGGGUCAAGAUGAAUGUGGAAAAUACAGUGGCCCGUGCAGUGCGAUGAGGAUGCCGAUGAACUAAGAGCAUGAAGAUUCCCUUUUGAACCGCCAUUCAUUGGUUACACAGACUGCCACUUCCUCUGCACCUCAAGGCAACCCCACCAUGGCUGCCCCCGACGCUCCAGAGAAUUAUGUCCCACGGAUAUCUCAGCUGGAUGCCAUGCUGCUGGACAAGGAGGUGUAUUCAUUGAUCAAGUCCCAGCUUUUGAAAUCUGUUAAAUAUAUUGGACAUGGCUUCGUAACAAGAAUGGAACCAGAAAUCGAUGCAGUCAUUAAAUAUAUUGUGUUGAAAUAUACUGUGCAGAUGGCCAGGAGGUCUGUUGGGCAGCAGCUGUUACAGGCAAAGUAUCAAGACUCAGUUAGUUAUAGGAGACUAGGCAGCUACAUCAAUGUAAUAGUGCUAGUCAACUGGCUCAAAGAAAGAUAUGGCUUCUUAACAUCCCUUGUGUCACGCAAAGACAGUGUUAAAGAAGCUGUUGGCCGCUGCAUCAGUGUUGUAGAAGUAGCUUAUCAGGUGGUACAUAUUGUGAACCUCUUGGUCUUCCUGCACAAAGGUCUGUACCCAACCAUUCUAGAGCGAGUCUUUGGCCUUCAGCACGUUUCUGCCAACCCCAACAACUCCAGGAGAAUAUCUUAUGCUUACUUCACCAGGGAGUUGCUCUGGCAUGGGUUUGCUGAGUUGCUUGGGUUUAUACUCCCAUUGAUCAAUGUGCAAUAUUUUCAUAAUGCUAUUAAAAAGCUUGUGCCCAGCCUCAGUGAGGAUCAGGAUGACUCUGCUCAGCAAUCUGAUGUUAACUUCCUGCAUGGUACAACUUGUGUCAUCUGUAACACUCUGCCAGUCCUUCCUCAUGGCUUUGGGUGCCAGCACAUUGCUUGUUACUUCUGUAUCCACUCCAGUUACGCCUCAGACCCCUCAUUCUCAUGCCCACUGUGCAACCACCGUAUUGAAAGUAACGUUCAGAUUGUACCUACUUGUAUGUCAUAGCCUGCCUUGUAAAUUAUCUUAUUACAUAUUUGUCUAUUAUAAAGGGGAUCAAGAAAACUAGAUUGUAUAUACUAGUUACCUCAUUGUACAAUCUUGUAUCAAUAAUAUUCACUGAUUCAUAUAAACUGAUAUUACAUUCUGAAAGCUCUUUUAUCUGC